AUGACCAAAAGAUUAACCCCACAGGAAAAGUUGAAUAGGAAGCCAACGAGCAGAGCUUGCACAUUUUGUCAUGAAAAACAUUUACAAUGUUCAAACGAAAGACCCUGUAAGAAUUGUGUGAAAAGAAAUAUUGCUGAUACUUGUCGAGAUAUCGUCAGAAAACGAGUUAAAUAUUUAACAGGCACUACAAAAUCAACUUCAAAGAAGAAGAAAACAGAAACAUCGAACGAACCACUGAGUAAUUUACAAUCAUUUAGUAACUCACCAGAGAAUGGGAUUAAAAUAGAAGCACAUGAAUCAUCGAGAGCUUUGAUCCCACACAUACCUCAACAACAAGCUCAAUUUUCACCUGAAUUAAAUCAACAGCUUUCAAACCAACUACCGCAGGCUGAGUUGAUAGAACAAAAUAUUCCCAUGCCAUUAAAUAAUCAUCUGAGCAUUUUACCGAACCUACAACCUCAGCAACAGCAUACUUUUGGAUUACCCGUAGAAGAUCCAAACGUUAAUCAAAUUAAAGAUAUCUUAAAUGCACCUUCUUUUGAUGCCGCUAAUAAAGUCAACUCUUCGAACAAAAUAGAUUUAAGUCCCUCGAGGAUAUUAGAAACGGAUCUGCUACAAUAUCACACCAACACAAUGUUGAAUACUACGACAGAUGUGCUAAACAAACUUCUUACCGACUAUUAUGAAACUGACAGCUUAUUGCUGCAACCAACACAGCCAGCAAUUCAUCAACAACAACCAUCUCAAGAAAAUCUAGGGACACCUUUAGGUGUGAGCCAGAGUAAUAAAUUCAAUUCAAAUUAUCUCAAUGAGGAAUACAUGAUGUUAGGAGACAUUCUACUUCAAUCAAAACCAACUUCACCCUCCCCAUCAAAUACCAGUGCUUCAGAAUUCAAUGAUGCUUUGAAUUUCUCAAAUAUAGAUUUUGACAACAUCAAUCAACCAAAGAAAAAAGUUGUACAAAAGUUGAAAGAUUCUCGACCUUUCAUUUCACUUGGUUUUCCAAAGGACUCAUCAUUAAGUUUGAACAAUUUGGUGAAUAUGGCAGACCAAACUGAUAACUUAUUGGAUAAUAAUGUUACGUCUAGAGGAAAUAGCAAACCAGUAAGUUCAUCAAAUCCGAUUAUAGAUUUCAAAACAAAAUACAAGACAGAUUAUGUUUCACCAUUAGCUACACAUCAGAUCUAUCAAACUGUUUUGGAUAUAUAUUCCAAAGAUGUCAUUAAUUUUGAAUAUCCAAAUUCUUAUCAUGCAUUGACUCAUUUUUUGAAGACAAGAUUUCUGGGAAAUAAUUUAUCACCAGAGGAAAAAUCUAGAAAGAGACAAAAUUUGUUGGUUAUUUUAAAAUUAAUUGCAAGUUAUAGACCAACAUUUAUCAGUGCUCACAAAUCAUUAUUGAAGCCACAAGAUUUAUUAUUUCUUGAAAUGAGUUUUCAAAGAUGUUUAGUAGAUUAUGAAAAAUUAAGUCAAUUGAAUUCAUCACCAACUAUAAUUUGGAGAAGAACCGGAGAAAUUGUAAGUAUAACUGAUGAUCUUUUAAGUCUUUUAGGAUACAAAUUGACAGAUAUAUUGUCAAAACGAACUUUCAUUAUGGAGAUUAUGUAUGAUGAUGAUUCAAUUGUAAAAUAUUUUCAGUUAUUUAAAUCUGUUGCAGUUGGUAAUUUACAUUCUAGUAUCAGUACAAAAAUAAAAUUAAUAAAGAAAGAAUCAAAUACAAAUAAUAACUCAAACAAUGAAAUUUAUGGUUCAAAUGGCUCUGCUAUCAACAACGUGGGAACUAAUAGUUAUAUUGAAUUCUGUUCUGUAUGGACUGUGAAAAGAGACUUGUUUGAUAUCCCAAUGUUGAUCAUUGGUCAAUUUUUACCAAUCUUACCAGCUGGUGAUGGCGUAAGAAUGUACUAG